AUGAGUGGCUUGUCAGAUCACCUACAUUCAGGCCAAACUGGGGCUCCAGUGGGCUGUGGUGGGGGUCAGGCAGAGGAAAAAGCGUGUGUGGGAGGGCUGGAGGGACUGGCUGGGCCUGAGCUCUGGACCAGGGAGCUUGGGCUCCAGGAGGGGUCCCAGGAUCCCUCUAAUGAUGGACUGGCACUGGUGACCUCUGAUCACUUUCCCUCCUCCUCUCCUUCCACCCUGGCCAACGGACUGCAUCUGCAGAGAAGGCAGGGGCAUAGCACCUGCCGCCGCAGGCAGACGGAGACUCACACAGAGACACACACAUUUACAGAGACACUUAGAAACAUGCAAACGCACAUAGACCCGGAUGUGCAUGCACAGGCAGUUUCACACGCACAAAUGGAUGAUUGUGGACACCUGGAUGUCAACACACGUACGGGUUCUGUCGGGCCAGAACUCUCCAGAACUCUCACACCAGAGGCCAUACACACAACAUCACCUCAACCCCUGUCUUUGGCGCUUGGCAAUCAUUCUUCCUCCACCAAUCAGCGGGCAGCCCCAGUUCUCGCUGCAGAGACAGACAAUCCCUCGACCUUUUGUCCUGUCCCUAUUGGUCCGAACCCAAACCCAAGCACCUCUCCUCUUCCUGUGGAGGCGGAGAAGAAGUAUGCACUCCGCAGCUCUGGACGUCCCCGCUUCCCCUGUCACCUGCGCAAAUCUUCCCGCCUCCGCCGAAGCAUAGAGGAUGGAGAGAAGAGAGCGGUUAGGGAGAGGGGAGUGGAGGAGGAGGUCGAGGAAUUGGAGGAGAAGAUCUGGAGGGUUAAAGAAGAGGAGGUGGCUGUUGGAGAGAAAGAAGAACAUUCGUCUGUGGAGGCUGUUCUCCCCACGGCUCCCUGCCCCACAGACAUUGCUCUUGCCCUAACUGUACCCAAACCUGCUCCUAAAGCUAUACCGAAACCUGGGCCCAGACUUGGGCAUAAACCUGGACCUAAAUCCAGGUGUAGGCCCGGACCAAAACCUGUCCAUAAAGCUGCUCCUAAAAGUGUCAAACAGCGUCAGGCAGCCCAGUCCCUUGCUAAUCGUGCUGCCGCUCAUCUCCCAUUUGGGAACACACCCUCCAUCACUGCACCUUUAAUUGUGAAGCAGGAAGCUGUUGCAGAGUUGGGGGUAAUUCCUCCCAAUAACCGGAGACGUGGGCGUUUUGUAGGCGUGAGGAAGAUUGUUGUCAAGGUGGCUCGUAUUCCUGUCAGCCUUAGCCGUCGACAGAAGAGCUACAAGAUUUCCAAUUUGGAGACAGUUACAGGGCCAGAAAAAGGCAAUGAAGGCAGUCUGGAGGGCACAGAGGGAGCUCGAGAGCCAACUGCACUCCUCCGAAUGAAGAACAAUGGGAAGAGUGUGAUGGUGAUGUUCCCUCCUGGAGAACUGCCUGUUAUUCUCAAACGCAGGAGGGGACGACCGCCAAAACAGGCUCUGCCAGGAAUACCAGGAGAGCUCCCGAGUGUUGGUAAUACUGGUGGUAAUGGAGACCAGCCCAAGAAGCCGCAGAGGCGGCGUCGGACUAAACUCCCAUCCCCUUAUCCAUCUUAUGUUAAUGAUACUAAUGAUGUGAAAACAGAGUAUGGGGAUGUUCUGUCCAAACUGGCCUUUUUAAACCGCCAGCCCCCUGCCACUGGCCGCAGCUCGCCCCCGCGCUGUUGGACACCUAGUGAGCCAGAAAGCUUUCAUACCCCCUUGGAAAACCCUGGAAUAUCCACUCUGCUCCACCGGCUUACUGGGUACAGACGCCCUCGAGGUGGCAGAGGAGGGGGCACCGGAAGAGGCGGAGGAGGAGCAGGGGGGAUUGGAGGCAGUGAGCGCAAUAAGAGCACCUUCAGUGACUUCUUUGAAUCUAUCGGCAAGAAGCGGAAACCGAGCCCCCUGUCGGAGCAUGGACUACCUAGGAAAAGGGGAAAGGGUUCAGGUGGAGGUGGGGUUGGUAGGGGAGGAGGUGUCGUAGGAACUGAGCCAGGGGGAGAGAGAAUUAUCAAGAGGAGACGUGUGAGAAAAAAUGGUGCAUUUAAAGGGGAAGGGGUGUCCAUGGGGCAGGACUGGCCUAAUGGGGCAGGUGGCUGGGGGGAGGGAUGUAUGGACAAGGAGAAAGGUUUGGGUGGGUAUCAGCUCUGUGGAUCUCCAAGAGGGGGCUUUUCCUCCUGUGAAGUUGGAAGGGGCGGCGCCUACGGCAGUCCAGGAGGAAGCAGAGUUGUCGGGGCAGCUGGGGAGGACUCACAAGGUCUGUUUGCUGGAUAUUUCCGGUCACUCCUUGACUCAGAUGAUUCGUCAGAUCUGUUGGACAUCUCCUCCUCACAGUCAGACCCCCGAAAAGCUUCAUCCACCCCUGGUUAUGAGCCAUCCAGUCCAGCUACAGGUCACAGCUGGUCCCCUGCAUUCCCCAAGUGGAACUCCAAGGGAGCAACUUCUGGGGCGGAGGGUUCAGGCCAGACACAUUGCUCCUCAGCCAGACCUCCAUACAGCUAUGGCAGCCUGGCCCAAACAUCCCCCACCACUUCUACCUAUCCCAAAUCCACUCCUCCAUCUCUCUCACACUCUCCCAGCUCCCCCCACCCAGCCUCUUUUGGCCACUACUCCCCUGGCUACUCCUCCUCUUCUCCUGCAGUGCCACAGAGAUCCUCAGACUGCAGCUUUGCAUAUGGAUCUGGACACAGCAGUGGCAAGGCCACCGCUGUUGGUCAAAUGGGUUAUUCUAGCUAUCAGGCAGCAGGCAAGCGAGGCUAUAGUGGAUAUCCUGCAGCAGGUCACGCCUCCAUGGUGCGAGGGGAGUCCACAGGACCCACAUCACCUGGAGGAGGGUUCAUGUCUGUGGCUAAAAGUAGCCCCUUCAGCUCCUCCUCCUCUCCAGAAGGUUACAAACAGUACAACUCCAGUCAGUGGAACUACAGACAAGGCUAUGGCAGCUGGUCAACAGACAGCUUUGGGCCUCAGUAUCAUGGCUACAGUGAAUAUGGCUCCAGUGAGUCCAAAGACAUCUUGGACAUCUCAAACUACACCCCCCAGAAGGCCAAGCGGCAGCCUUUUCCUGAAAGUCUAUCAGAGUCCUCCUCUGACUCUUCACACCUCGGCUCUGCAGCCACUGGUAGUGGACAGAGCUCCACAUGUGGCACGUACAAACUGAAUGAGACUGUCUCCGUUAGUGGAGAGGGGGGUCAAUCCAGUCUAUCCAGUCUAGAGAAGUUAAUGAUGGACUGGCACGAGAGUGCUUCGGGGCCGUCAUACAACUGGAGCCAGAACGUCCUCUUCCAGGGCGGGGGAACCAGCAAACCCGGUCGUGGUCGGAGGAAACGGACUGAGCAUCACUCAGACAAAGAAGGAGGUUCUGCUUUACACUCGGAUUCCCCAUCCAGUCCCUCCCCAACACCUACUCCUGGACCUAAGCGGGGAGGGGUUGGAGGACGGGGCAGAGGGUCUAGAGGAGGCAGGGGGGGUUUGUCUCCAUGUCAGAGAGAGCGGCCAUCAGGGGCCAAAGGCAGAGGCAAGGCUGCCUCUACAUCUGGAGCGGGAGGCGCAGUGACUGCUGGAGGUCCGGAGGGAUCUGGGCUGUUCCAUGAGGGGCUGGACUAUUACAGCGGAGACAGUAGUAGCCUCUCUCCCCUGGCCACUCCCAAUCCUGCACCUCCUUCUAGCUACCUCCAGGACCCCUGUGAGUACCCCUCCCCUUACUCUGCCCACCCCUCCACACCUUCCUCCGAGGAGCGAUAUCCAGCCUUGUACCCUGGAGAGUCCUCCUCUUCUCUCUCACCCAGUGUCUCAUCUCCUCCUUACCCUCCCAAGCCCACUCCUCCUCCACCCCAGUCUUACCACCCUGUCCCUUCCAGGACAUUCUCCCCCUCCUGUUCUCCCUCACCCCGAGUGACACCCCACUGCGCCACUGCACUAAGUCCCUCACAUCGCCCCCCUCCAAAAGACCCACAGUUCUCGCAGUAUGACUCUCCCAGCUACUGCAGCUCCCCCUAUUGGUACGGACAGACAUCGCACAGCGGCAGCCCCAGCCCGCACUCUCACAGCACACACUCUAACACAGCCGUGCACACACACAGCAACCCGCACACAAGUCCCCACGGAAAUACACACGGCAAUGCGCUAGCGAGCCCAAAUGCAAACACGCAUAUGAACCCGGCUCCCCAUGACCAUCACGCAAACCUGAGCUCACACGCCAACACCCAUCCCACCUCACUCCUCCAGAGCAGCCCCCUCUCCCACUCAAACCCCCACACCAGCAAUCAGCCCCACCACAAUACACACACCAACCCCAACUCUCACCUCCCCUCACAUACACACUCCAGCCCCAGCACCAGCCUCCACUCCCACUCCACACCUGUGCUUUAUGAGGAGUGCAGCCCUCCCUCGACCGUGGCCCCCCACAAGCGGGAUCUGGCCCCCCAUGCUAUGAGCACAGGCCUUCGCCAGGGCCUCUUGCCUCAUUCGCCAUAUCCUAAACCUCCCUUGGACUCCUCGCCCCAUCAGGAGGACACUGGUGGCUUCUCCUUGUCCCACCAAUCCUACCAGGGCAUGGGACACCGCUACCCCUCCCAAGCAGCUCAGGGAGGUGGAGUUCUGUGCCAGCUCCUGGACACAGCCAAUGACGACAGCUUCAGCGUCACCAGCCUGUAACAGCAGGUGCAUUCAAUCCAAGCUUUUACAGAUUUGCAAACUUUUUUUUUAUUUUCUUUUUCUUUUUUUGUUAAGGAGACUUCUUUGUGAGAGACUGUGAAAUGAAGGGUGAGAAUUUAGCUGCCAGCUUUGGACAGUAAAGCUUUAAUUCUCCAGCAUUGACAAUCAAGAUCAACUGCAAUUUAAACAACCAAGCAUGCACACACACACACACACACACACACACACACAAACACAAACACGCAUGUGCAGAUUAAUUCACUACCUAAACAUGGACACAUUAACUCAUACAUGUGUACACUCACUCACACUCUAUGCUGGAAUGAGGGAAUGGCCAAGAGGAGCUGACAGAUGAAUACCAGACGCUGAUGGACAGAGACAAACCUUUUUCCUCACCCUUUCAAAUCCUGCUGUGAUGCAUAAAGGACUCCGUUUCCCAGAAAUCUGUAUCUCGCCAAAUCUUUCUGGUCCUGUUCUGUACAUCUGCAAUAUGGAUGAUCACACUACUCUCUCUCUAUUUCUGUUUCUUUCCUCUGUUCUCUAUCCCCUCCUCUGCUAAACCAGCAACUGUCCUGCACUCCACUGACCCGCAUUUCUGUCUUGUGCCCGAGCCUGAACCGCAUCUGAGCCCAAAUCAACUUUUUAAAUACCAUGAGCCUAGCAAAUGUCCCGCUCUGUGCACUCCUUGUGUUGUGUCCCAUAUGAGAAAACUACAACCAGUUUCUGCUCUUAAAAUACCAGCAUCUGUACAUACGACUCCAGCUCCAAGCCAGAGGCCCCCCUCUUCUCUCUGAGGGUCCGUCAUCAACAUGCCCUCCUCAGCGUUCAGCCAUGGUUUCUCUGCUCUGGGGGAGGGAGAGAGGACUGCAGCAUGGAGACCCAACAUCCUGUGUUUUGCUGUUUUAACUACAAGGGAAAAGAGACAUUGAAAUCACACAAUGGCCCCAAAGAGACUCUUGUUUUCUGUGUACGAGUGUGAGACAGAGGAGGGCGUGUUUGCGCGACUGCAGUGAUGCAUGUAUUUGUGUGUAUGUGUGCAUUUAUGUUCGUGCGAGCGUGUGCGUGCCAGUGGGGUCAAAAGGAGUGACGCUCCCCAGACACCAAAGUCUUGGCGGGGUCUCAUUCUUUCUUUCACUCUCUCCCUUCUUUUUUCUGUGGUCUUGUGUUGUUUGGUGGUUUUUGUGAUGAAAAAAAUUGUAUAUCUGUCUGUUACAUAUCAUGUAUGUAUCUGAGGUGCAAAAUAUUUAAAUACACAUU